AUGCAACGUCUGGAGGCACGACGUGGCGUUGAAGAACAGCACUUCCUUGCCCGCCGCGCACGUUCACAUAGUUACAACCCACCCGUAGAUCUGCGCUUAGUGGACUACGUCUCCUCGUACGACCCGAAUUUGAUGUGUCCAAUCUGUCGAUGUCCGUUCGUGGACCCGGUGGUCCUGGCCGAGUGUGGCCACUGCUUCUGUCGAGAAUGCAUCCGGCAGUCCUGGAACACGCAGACCACCACAUAUACCCCACAUGGCCCACACGGCGAUUGUCCAUCCUGUCGUACGCCUGCAAGACUCCGGCCUCGGUCCACUACGAAUAACAUCUUGAUCAACAUGACGGACGAGCUCAUCGUGCGAUGCCCCAAAUCCGACGAAGGUUGCAAAGCCGAGGUCAAGCGCGGAGAGGUUCAAGACCAUGUCAAUAUUUAUUGUGGCUUCACAUUAGUCGAGUGCGGAGCAGACCACUGCGAGUUACCGGUCCGAAGGAAGGAUGUGGCUCAAGGGUGCCUGCAUUACGGCGUGAGUUGCUUGUCGUGCCGCAAGGAGCUGGAUAAGUGCAAUCUGGACUGCCACUGGCGGAAUGAUUGUCCGGCCCGCCAAACUGAGUGCGCCGUCUGCAAGUCAAUGGUCUUCCCUCGUGACCUUGCAGAGCAUAGCAGCACGGCAUGUGCGGCGAUUAGCGUACCCUGCCCUGGAGCAGCACUGGGAUGCUCAAAUAGGAGUACCGGGGCCCAGGCACGGACUCACGCCGACACGUGUAUGCUUGCAAAGUUGGCACCGAUAUUGACGACACAACACGAACGAUUGGAGGAGCAAGAGGCUGCACAAAAGCAGAUGAGUCGCAAGCUGGAAGUGCUUGAAGAUGGAUUCACGACGAUACAAAGUAUUCUCUCGCCUUUCUCCAGCGAUAACAUGGUGGACAAGCUUGGGACCGAUCCUGCACCGGGCCCGCGACCCACCGACCUCCCUGGGCCAUACUCGGCCGACUUCGACCUCGAUGCUCCAGCGUCUUUUUCAGCGCCGAACACAUCCGCCGGACCAUAUGCCUCGCCGCUGCACCAUCUACUUCAUAUGCACGAAAGUCUGCGAGACGAGAUCAGCCGAAUCUCCUCGGCUUUGUCGGAGCUCGAUGGCCGCCAUAGCAUGCAGAAUCUCAACGAAAACCUUCGCACGCGGGAAGAGAUUUCCUACAUCGGAGCUCAAUUGGGCGGCUUACAGCGUCAAGUCCAUUGGCUGACGUCUGCCCAAUUGCACCGCCAGCAGGCCGGCAGAAGCCCAACACCCGGCUCCGCCACGUCUGCAGGGACCGCUAUCACGGAUGCAACCAGUGGAGCGGGAGUCGAGGCCGCUCUUGGCGCGGUGAAUACGGCCGCGACUGCCUUGCGAGGAGCGGCAAGAAUGGUGAACGUCGGCGGUAGAGAGGCAAGUGGUAUGAGGAGAGGCGCAAGCGAGGAGGGCCGGACAAAGCUGUAG